AUGUCUGUGGGGCCUGGGAUGUACGCCCUUCUCCUGGUCCUCUUUCUGAGCCAUGGAGGUGCGUGUCAGAGAGAGCUGAGCUCCAGGCAGGAUUUACAUCCAUUGUUGCAGAAAAUGGCGGAAGAAAUAAUAGAGGGAAGCUAUCUGAAUGCGUUACUGGAUCUCACACUCUUUGAAAGCUCCCAUGUCUGGACUGCAGACCUGUCCCACAGAGUCCUUGCCUAUCUGAACUCACGGAAUGUGGCCUUCACCAUUCCCAGCCUGCAGGCAGUCAUGGAAACACACCUGGAACAGUAUCUGUACCAGCCACAGAAGCUGCUGGAGGACCUGAGGGCCACUGAUGCUCAACAGUUCCACACUGCCAUGAAAUGCCUUCUGGAGGACAAGUGGGGCCACCUGGACCUGGAGGACAUCGUCAUCAAUUUGGGAAACAUUCGGGAUGAGGCCCUUCAGAGCCCUGGUGUGAACCGCAGCCUGUUUCUCAUCACGCUGGAACGCUGUUUCCAGGUGCUGAACGCCUUGGAGUGUGUGGAGGUCCUGGGCAGGGUGCUCAGAGGCUCCUCCGGCAGCUUCCUGCAGCCGGACAUCACAGACAGGCUACCCCAGGACCUGCAUGAGGAUGCCUUUAAGAACCUAUCCGCAGUGUUCAAAGACCUCUAUGACCAGACUUCAGCUCACACCCAGAGAGCUCUCUACUCAUGGAUGACGGGGAUCCUGAGGACACCCUUCAAUGUCACAGAUGGCUCAGUUUCAUGGGUCAGUGCAGAAAAGUUAUGGAUUUUGGGCAGAUACAUGGUUCACCUAUCAUUUGAAGAAAUUAUGAACAUUAGUCCUAUAGAAAUUGGGCUGUUUAUCAGCUAUGACAAUGCCACCAAGCAGCUGGACAUGGUGUAUGAUGUCACCCCUGAACUGGCCCAGGCAUUUCUGGAGAGGAUCCGCUGCUCCAACUUUGACAUGAGGAACAUUUCUACCAUCCACAGGUUGGGGCUGUUGGUUUGUUUCUAUGACAGUCUGGAGCUGCUGGAUGCCACCCUGGCCCAAGUCCUUCUCCACCAGAUGCUCAAGUGCAGCCGUCUCCGGGGCUUCCAGGCUGGCAUCCAGAAGCUCAAGGCCAACCUUCUGGACAUUGCUACAGAGAACCAGACCCUCAAUGAGACCCUGGGUUCUCUGUCAGAUGCGGUUGUAGGUCUGAGCAGCACACAGCUGGAAUCCCUCACCUCCGAAGCAGUGCACAGCGCCGUCUCUACCCUCAACCAGGUUACAGGCUGGGGCAGAAGCCAGAUCAUCAUCUUGUCUGCCAAAUACUUGGCUCAGGAAAAGGUGCUGUCCUUCUAUGACAUCAGCCAGAUGGGCGUGCUGCUGGCAGGGGUGGGCACACAAGCCUUCUACCGCAUGGACCACAAGGAUCUCUGGCAGGUGCUGAGAAGCCCUCUUUCCCAGGAUAUGUCUGAUUUGUCACCUGUCCAGCAGCAGGGUGUCCUCAGCAAGUUGAUGGAAGCAGAAGAUGGUGCUUCAGGCAUCGUGGAGGUACCAAGAGCUCUCUUUAAGGAGGUGUCUCUCUAUGAUUUAUGGAAAGAAUCUCGAUUUAAUGCUACAGUCUUGAAGGAAAAGGAGCUUCGAAGGAGCCAGGCCCUGUUCCUGUAUGAGCUUCUGGAGAAGACCACUGAAAGGCCCGAGGAGCUCCUGAGCGCCGGGCAGCUGGUGAAGGGCAUACAGUGCUCACACAUCGAUGCCAUGAGUGCCCACGUCUUCCUGGCCCUCUUUCAGUAUUUUGAGAACAACUUCUCCCUGCUUUCUCCAGAUCAGGUCAAUUGCUUGGCAUGGAAAUACUGGGAAGUUUCAAGGUCCACCAUGCCACCAUACCUCUUGGCCACCCUUCCGUCUCGAUUUCUGGCUUCAGUUCCCCCCUCUCGCUGUGUGCGUUUUCUGAUCAGCCUGGGUAAGAAGCACUUGGACACCUUGGUUUUAGAUUCUGACAAAAGGAGUUUGGUCAUCAGGAAGGUGGAACAGUGUUUGGAUGGUGUUAUUGCUGAUGAAUACACUGUGGACAUUGUGGGACACCUCCUGUGCCACUUACCAGCCGCCUUCAUCGAGAGAGGGAUCUCACCCAGAGCCUGGGCCACUGCUCUGCAUGGUCUCAGAAGUUGUACAGUUCUCCGCUCUGAUCAGAAGGCUGCAGUGAGGGUCAGGCUCCUGGAGCAGUGGGGACCUCCUCAGAACUGGACAGCGGAGACAACCAAGGACUUGGCUCCUUUCUUAGCAUUUUUCUCAGGAGACGAACUGCACACUGUUGCCACAAAGUUUCCUGAAAUCCUUCAACAAACAGCUUCCAAGAUGGUUGGUAUGUUGCUUCCUAAAGAGUUUCUCUGGGCUGUCUUUGAGUCUGUUCAGAAUAGCAGUAAUGAGAGCCCCAGCUUCCACCCCACCUUUGGUUGUCAUGAAGUUGUGACUCCCUCUUCAGAUGACAUCUUCAAGUUGGCUGAAGCCAAUGCCUGCUGGGACCCUGAGGUCCUUCUCUGCAUGGAGGAGGAUACUUUCAUCAGGAACGUGGAGCUGCUGGGAGCUGUGAAGGGUUUCAGCAGGCCUCAGCUGAUGGCCCUGAAGGAGAAGGCAAUCCAGGUUUGGGACUUGCCUUCCUGCUGGAAAGAAUACCACAUUGUCUCCCUAGGGCGCAUUGCUUUGUCUCUUAGUGAGAGUGAAUUGGAGCAGUUGGACCUCAGUUCCAUAGACACCGUGGCAUCCCUGGGCCUGCAGACAGAAUGGACCCCAGGACAGGCUAAAUCCAUUCUGCAGGCAUUCCUUGAAGAUUCAGGCUAUGGUAUCCAGGAUCUGAAGAGCUUCCAUUUGGUUGGGCUUGGUUCUACUCUAUGUGCUAUGGACCCCACUGAAAUACCACUUAUAAAGACCUCAGAAUUCAGGGCAGUGGUAGCAAGAAUUGGGACACUGCUCUGCAGCACCUCUGUCUUGGCUGGAUUUAAGAAGAAAGCAGAAGUUGUAUUUGGGAGACCCACUGAGUGGACCAGCUCCAUCUUGCAGGAACUUGGGACCAUUGCAGCUGGGGUAUCGAAGGCAGAGCUCCGAAUGCUUGACAAAGAACUGAUGCCAUAUUUCCAUCCGUCAGCCAUAAGAUGCCUGCCUGGUGAGGUAUUCAAAGAGCUGUCCACAGAGCAGAUCGCUUCCCUGGGUCCUCAGAAUGCAGCCUUUGUGACCAACUCUCAGCGCCUGCAGCUCAGCUCAGCACAGCUGCAGAGCCUCCAGAGGGCACUAGAUGGCGCCAAGACUCACUCCUGGCCGACUGAGCCUUUGAGUUCCAGCCCUACCUGGCCAGCCUCUACUGGGUCCCCAACAGGAGAGCCCGCCUCUCAGGCUCUUUGGCUUGGCUGUCCCCUGCUGCUUCUGAUGGCCGAGGCCUGGUGCCAGUGGCCUGUGUAG